AGCAUCUCUUUUUCAAACUUUAUCAUCUCUUCAUACAACUCGAAUGUGCCUUGCCUCCGUCUUGCAGUAUACCACAAACAAUCAACCGUUGCACAGAAAAUCACAAUGGAUAUGUCGGGUAUGUCAUCGAUGACGAGCAUGGCAGGCUCACCAACUUCGACAAUGGCAGGGAGUGCCAUGAGCACUGCCAGCUCCAUGAGCAAUGGGGGAACCAUGAUGAUGGGUAUGGAAGACAUGAUGAUGGUCUUCUUUUCGGGAACCAAAACACCCUUGUAUUCCACAGCAUGGACACCUGCGUCCACGGGACAGUACGCUGGCACAUGCAUAUUCUUGAUUGUUCUUGCCGUCAUCUUUCGAGCGAUCCUUGCCAUCAGAAGUGUCUUUCCCCGAGACCGAUACAGUGCGACCUUGUUAGGGCCGGACCAUGACAAGUUCAGUGCUCGCACCAUCGAAUUCCCCACGCGAGGAAUACAAGCCCGGCCUUGGACGGCACAUGAAGCUGCAUCGAGAGCUGUGCUCGAUGUUGUUUUGGCUGGAGUGAGCUAUUUGCUGAUGCUCGCAGUCAUGACCAUGAACGUCGGCUAUUUUCUCAGUAUCCUGGGAGGAACUUUCCUAGGGAGUUUCGCAUUUGGUGGCUGGACAGGAGCAACCAGUCAUUGAUUGAGUUGAACCAUAAUGCUUUUUACGAUACUUAUGAUGAGCUUCCCGGCGCCGAUGACUUCUGUCAAAAGAGCCGGACAAGGUUCUGCCAAUGGGUUUCAGUCACGUCAGCCUGACAUGACAAUAAGCCUUCAGUGGUGCCAAUAGUCCCAGUGCUGUAGAGAUUGGAACAGAGUGAGCCAUAAACCUCGUGAAGGUUGCUGAUGGCGAUAAAACUGAGGAACAGAUUCGUGUCAUGGUAAAAGGAAGAAAUUGUUCACAGUCUGACGAUUCCCUGAUCGGUCAAUUGUGACGAAAACUUCUUCAACCACUCGAUUGACUUCUUAAGAUACUCAAUCAUUGUAUACCCAAUUGCUGUAAAUAUUAUGCCUGGAUACUCACCGACUUACCUAGGCUUCAAUCACGCUAGUUUUCAGGGCGGACAUCGUUAAGGUGUCGAUUACCGCCUUGAAUCAUCCUCAAUAGAGGUGAACUGACGUCUAAAGACAUGAAAAACAUAGAUUCUUCCUUAUACCACCAAAGUUAUAAUAUCUAACGAACCAACUUCGAGUUCAUUCCAACGAUGGCUCGCGCAAUAUCCCAAUCGCCACCCUGACCAACCCAAUCCGUUACUACAAUGCCAGUGGACCAAUCUCCAUCUUUGAC